AUGUCUGUGUUCCAGAUCAAGCUGACGUCGAAUUAUACUCCGGAUAACUUUGAUGAUGACCUUCGGGUUGUACUUAGAAGAUGUGGUUGCGAAGCUGAACAGAUUUGUUUUAUCUGUGACGAGUCAAAUGUUCUCGAUUCCGCUUUCUUGAAGCGUAUGAAUGCUCUACUUGCUUCUGGUGAAGUGCCAGGUCUGUUUGAAGAUAAUGAAUACACGUCAUUCAUGCAUGCUUGCCGUGAAGCUGUUACAUCCAUAAAGUUGAAGGAGUCAUCGAAGCUGACGUUCAUAAAGUUCAAGGAGGUAUCGAAGUUGACGUCCAUAAAGUUAUAG